UCUUACUCGUUCUGCCGUUUUCAGCUCUGUUGUUUUACCUUCAAGAGAAUAAAGACUCUUUGUUUUGUUUUUAUUUCUCUCCGUAUUUAUUAGAUUAUGAUGAUCACAGAUUUCAGACUGAAUCUGUUCAACAGUUAGGAAACAGAAACAUCAUGAAGAAUGCCGAAGACGACACUGAUUAUCACGACACUUCUCAUGGCGAAAGAAGCGUUCAGCAGAAGAGAUCAAACUCACCUGUGCUCAGUGUUUUACCCAUCAAGAGGCACAAAUCAAUGAAAACACCAGAUCAGUUACAAAAUGAAGAUCCUCUGUUAAACCAAAGUUCAGAGGAGAGAUCACAAUCACCAGAGCCCAGUGUUUUGUCUAUAAAAAGUGACAAAUCAAUGAAGAUACCAAUCCAGUUAAAAGAUGGAGAUUCUCCAGUGGAUCAACGUUUAUUGCAGAGAUCGCAGUCACUGGAUCCCAGUGUUUUGUCCUUGAAAAGUGACAAAUCAAUGAAGAUACCAAUCCAGUUAAAAGAUGGAGAUACUCCAUUGGACCAAAGUGCCUUACAGGAAUCAUAUUCAACUGAUCCCAGUACAGUUCAAUUUCCAGUUGACCAGAGACACGGGCAGCAAACAAAUGUUUCAGAGAUUCAACAAGGACUAAAAUCGUACAUGAAAAAGAAGCAUCAGUAUGUUUUAGAAGGACUGGAAAUACAAGGAAACCGAAAGCAUCUAAAUGAGAUCUACACCGAGCUCUACAUCAUAGAAGGAGAAACUGAAGAGAUCAUUAAUAAACACGAGUUUACUAUGAUGGAAAGAAGAGUGCAGACUGAUGCAGUGGAAGCAAAACCAAUUAAAUGCAGAGAUAUCUUUAGACCUUUACCUGGACAAGACAACGCCAUCAGAACUGUGCUGACGAAGGGAGUCGCUGGCAUUGGAAAAACAGUCUCUGUGCAGAAGUUCAUCCUGGACUGGGCUGAAGAGAAGGAGAAUCAGGACGUCCAGCUCAUAUUUCCACUUCCUUUCAGAGAGAUCAAUCUGAUGAAGAACAAAAACUUAAGUUUAGUUAGUCUUCUUCAGACCUUCUUUAUGAGAGAGAUAAGUUUACAUCUGAUUCAAAACUCUUCCAUUAUCUUCAUCUUUGAUGGUCUGGACGAGUGUCGUCUUCCUUUAAACUUUCACAACGAGACCCUACAGAAUAUGACCAAAGAGACAUCAGUGGACGUGCUGCUGACGAACCUGAUUAUGGGGAAUCUGCUUCCCUCUGCUCUCAUCUGGAUCACCUCCAGACCAGCAGCAGCAGAUCUCAUCCCCUCUGACUGUGUCCAUCGAGUGACAGAGGUACGAGGCUUCAAUGACCCUCAGAAGGAGGAAUACUUCAGCAAGAGAAUCAGUGAUCAUAGUCUGGCCAAUACAAUCAUCUCACACCUCAAGUCCUCCAGGAGCCUCUACAUCAUGUGCCACAUCCCGGUGUUCUGCUGGAUCUCAGCCACUGUUCUGGAGAAGAUGUUGAGUGAAGCAGAGACUGCAGAGAUUCCCAAGACUCUCACUCAGAUGUACACACACUUCCUGAUGACCCAGAUCAACAUCAAAAACACAAAGUACAAUGAAAUUAACAAAGAUAAAGAAAUGAUCUUCAAACUGGGGAAACUGGCGUAUGAGCAGCUGGAAAGAGGCAAUAUAAUCUUCUAUGAGGAAGACCUGAGAGAGUGUGGCAUUGAUGUGGCAGAGGCUUCAGUUUACUCAGGAUUGUGCACUCAGAUCUUCAGAGAGGAGUUUGGCUUGUAUCAGGGGAAAGUCUUCAGCUUUGUUCAUCUCAGCAUUCAGGAACAUCUAGCGGCUCUAUAUGUGCACCUCUCCUUUCACAACAAUGGUGAAAAUGUGCUUGAAGCACAUGAACAUAGAGAACCAGUGACAAUGUUGAGCAUAUACAAAUGUGCUUUUAAAAAAGCCAUACAGAGUAGGAAUGGACAUCUCGACCUUGUCUUUCGCUUCCUCAUAGGACUUUCACUGGAGACAAAUCACAGACUUCUAGAAGGUCUUUUGGUGAAAAAGACAGAGAGCAUCCUGGAAACAGACACAACUGUUGAGUAUCUCAGGGAAGAAUUCAAAAACCAGUUUUGUCCAAAUGAUUGUCUCCUUCUGCUUCACUGUUUGCAUGAACUCAAUGAUCAUUCAAUGAUUGAUGAAAUCAAAGCCUGUGAAAAGCAAAACAUGACACCAGAUUACUGGCGAGCUUUGGUGUGUAUUUUAAUGACAUCCAAUGAACAGUCUGAGGAGUUUAGACUUCAAGAAUAUGGAAGUUUAGAGGAGAGCUUACAAUGGCUGCAUCCUGUGAUCAAGUUACACACAAAGGCUUGGUUGAAUGACUGUAAUAUAACAGAUGUAGGUUGUGCACUACUGACUACAGUUCUUACAUCACUGUCCAAUGUGAGAGAGCUGGACCUGAGCCACAACAAUCUGCAGGACUCGGGAGUAGAAAUACUCUGUGUCGGAGUUAACAGAUCAGCUCACGGAACAGCACUAGUGAAGGAAGGAGAAAAAAUAAUGCUCAACAAAGCACCAUCCUGUGGUUCACACAGCCUGCAUAAACAUGAGAAUAAAGAAACAAUACAUUCUCAUCACAAAACUGAUGGACUGGAAUCUCUGAAAAUAAAGCAAACUGAAAGAAAGAUGCACGGCAAAGUUUCAGCACCAACAUGUGGUUCACACAGCCCACAUAAACAUGGGAACCAAGAAACUCUCUUACAUCUGCAUCACAGAACUGCAGGACUACAGGAUGAGGAGUGCAGCCUAGAAUCUCUAAAUCUGAGGGCUUGUGGAAUAACAAAAGCAGGCUGUGAUUACCUGGGCAAAGCUCUGAGUUUAAACCCUUCCCAUCUGAAAGUGCUAGACCUGAGCUGGAACACCAUUGGAGACUCAGGAUUGAAACACCUUUGUGCUGCUCUGGAGAAAGAUCACAGUGCACUAGAAAUAAUGAUAUUGGCCAAAUGUGGAUUGACAGAGGAAAGUUGCGCUGCUCUGGCUUCAGCUCUCAGUUUAAAGUCCUCCAGUCUGACAGAUCUGGAUCUGAGUAUUAAUGAUCUACAAGACUCAGGCGUGAAGACGCUCUGUGUGGGACUGCAGAAUCCUCACUGUAAACUACAGCAGCUGAGGUUGUCCAACUGUAAAGUAACUCAUGAAGGAGUGACAGCCCUGACUGUAGCUCUGAAAUCAAGUCCAUCACAACUGAAAGAGCUCGAUCUUCUUGAGAACAAUCUGGAAGAGUCAGACUUGAACAUGAUUUACAUGAUAAUGGACAAAUCAUCAGAUAAUGAAUAGAAAAUUCUAGCAACUUUAGAAAACAACACUUUGUGUGCAUAAAACAGAGAAACACACUGUUUAAUGAAAAACAUUAAAAGAUCUUCAUUAAAAAUAUAAACAUAAGCUAUACAAACAAAUAGUGUGAAAAAUGAAUGUACUCUACUAUGAUUGUAAUGCUAAGAUGAAAAUACAAAAAGCAAGUCAAGUCAAAGCUGGCAAUGAGGCUUAUUAGGAAAAAAACUGUCUUUACAGUUAUUAAAAAGUGUGUGCACAAAUAAAAGCACAUAAUUCAAAACUAGACUGUACUACAGUAUAUGUAAAGUGCAAAACCAGCUUACUCACGUGUGUUUGCUCCUGUUGUUCAGUGCAGAGUUUCUCCAUUUGUUUAAAUGAUAUCACUGUACUUGCUUAACAGGAGACAUCAAUCUGUCAUUUUUACAUGCUGUGAAUUUUUUUUAUUAUCUGUAUUAUCUUUUGAUACAUGAUAUUUUACUUUUCAUAUUUAAAUAAAUCUGUGGUGUAAGUCCAAGUGUCACUACAAAUAGCAAAACUAGCAAAACUAUAUAAAAUAGUCAUCCUCAGUUAACUGAAAAGUGAUAAUGCAAGAGAAAUAAUUACCUGAUGAUGUGUAGGUGAAAAUGAUUCUGAAUUACUUUAGCCAUGUUGUAGGAUGUAUAAAGAAAACUUUCAUAAAUGUUGUCUUCCUCACUAAAA